AUGAACAUUAAGAAAAAGAUUGAGCUAUGUGUGAGCAAGAUACAUCGAGAUGCCAUGGCUGGCCGCGCGGAUAUCUUGAUGUGGUUUACUUUCAUGGCCACGGAUGUUAUUGGGCAGUUGUGCUUCGGCGAGUCUUUUGAUAUGCUUAGCCAUGAAGUGAAAAAUGAAUAUGUGCAUGAUCUGGAAGCUGUCAUGAUGAUAUCGGGGAUUCGUGCAGAGCUAUCACUACUUAUGAAGCUUGCCACGAUACUCCCUAUCCCCAAACUUUGGUUCAUAAUGAACGGCCAGCAAAGAAUGCAUAAUUACGGAAAGAAGGCUUUGGAGCCGCUUUAUAAUUCUCCAUCCGACGCGUCAAGCCAACUUAACAUUUUCACGAUGAUGCUAGCGACCAAAAGCAAUACUCUAACACAGUAUGACAUUGAAGAAGAGGCAACAAGCCUCAUCAUUGCCGGGAGUGAUACUACGGCAGUCACAACGACAUACAUCAUAUGGGCUAUCAUCAAGCAUCCAGAGGUCAAAGACAAAACUGCUUACAGAGAUCUGUCAACUACCGCAUGA